AUGGAACGAAUGCUUACACUCUAUAACGAAGGAGUUGACCGUCGCUGUGUUGUUUGUCAGAGCGAAGUGCAAUUUGAAGAAACGGUCUCUGUGUUCCACUGUACGCAUUUCCUUCACAGAGAGUGGUAUGAUGCAUUCGAACUCUAUGCAGAUUCCAUACACAGGAAUACCGUAGCUUGUCCAUUUUGUCGCGAGGAAUACCCGUUCGGCUCUACGAGGGAUUACGUAUUUUCAACCCCACCUGCUCAGCCAAGAAGGCUCUACCGUCCUGUGAUCCUGACUCCGAAAGAGGCGAGGCUGGGCCUCCAGAGAAGAUGUGCGAGGGUGUUUCAAGAACCUUGGGUUAACACAUCUUUGUACUUGUAUAAAUACCUCCAUAUUGGAGAAGAAUAA